AUGCAAGCAGCCAAGCCGCCGCCGCGCGUACAGCGUCACCGAGGAGCCCUCUCGAUCAGCCUCAUCAUGCUCGUCAACCUUCUCGCCAUGCCGUUCAAAGCAUAUCUCUCCGAGCCAUUUCCAUGGGACGUCGACACGACGAUCCCAUCGUCGUCCAGCAAUUUUACAGCAUUUAACAUCUCGGCCUUGGCGCGCUACCAACGCGACUAUAAUCGGAGUGGACUGCCGCACGGCACGACGUUUUACCUCGACACGGCCCAGAGCUUGCAAGUGCUGCGAACCGUUCUCGAGACGAGCCACAAACCGCUUCUAUCCGCCGAUGACUGCCAUAGACACUUUCUCGUUGGGCUGCCCGGUGCGAUCUACUUUAGCAAAAACAUGCGAUCGCUCGUGUGUGCGUUCGCUGCUGCCGACCACGAGCAGCGUAAUGCGAGCUGGAGCACCCGAGGAACCUGCGCCCACUCGCGCAUGCUGACCAUCAACCUCGGCGAAGCGUGCCUCUGGUUAGCGGCCGGAGAUGACGUGGUCGGUCGCGACACCAACGGCACGUACACGUUGUACUACGUCCUGCGCAUCUACGCGUAUCCCGAGUGGCUCUGGCUCAAGCUCGUGUAUCGACUAUGCUUGACGUGCUAUGUACUCUUGCUGCUCUGGCGCCGGUACUAUGGUCCGUACGUCCAGCUCGAGCGCGUCCUUACUGUCCACGGUCACCGCACCGACUUGGAAAAUCUUGGUGCGUGGCGCUAUAAAAUCGUGCUCGGCGACCCGACGGCGCUGGUCCUGAUGAGCACCCACGUCGCGCUCGCCUUUCUGGUCGACAUUUGGAUCAGCUCAGACACGCUCGGCGUGGCGAUUCUUCGGUCGAGCCAAAACCAGGACCUGCCGCUGCUUCUCAUCUCGUUCUUGUACCUCUCCCGCGUCGUUUGGAUCGCGUAUGCAGCGAUCUGCCUCGUUUCGCGCUGGCUCAAGCGCAGCGGCAGCAAGCGGCGAUUCUCCCAAAUCGACCCGACACUGUUGGCGGUCGUCGUCUCGAUCUAUGGCCCGCUUCUGACGUGGCUUGGCAGCAACGUGAGCUUUUUCCUAUCGACCUACAGCUACCUCCUCGAUUGCCUUGUCUCGGACCAAGACGAAGCAAUCGAAGUGUUUCUCGUUGCCAUCUUUUAUAUGGUUCUCAUGGGUAGCAUGCCGCUCCUGUACGGCUUUGGCGUUCCUUAUCUGCGCCAUCGAAAAGUUGCGCCACUCACUCGGUCUUUCUACGCAAGCUGGCGCAACAACAAUGCAAAGAACCGGCUUUUGUUUACCGCCUUUUGUAUCAAUCGCCGGCGCAACGACGACAGCGAUCUCGUCUCGCUCGGUGGGACGCUCUACUCGAUCUUUGAUCUCAACCCAAGGUACCAAGCGUCGCCGGCGAUUUGCAGCCGCGCCGCCGAUGUCUUUGUCCUCUGCUAUGAACGUGACGUUCUCCGAACCAAGAUCCGACUGAGUCUCUUGUCCAACUUGGAUUGCACUGCCUCGCAGCACCUCGCGGCGAUUCCCGACGCCGACAGUCCCUCGCACUACAUUGUCAACGAGCUUAUACGCCCCCUUGCCGAAACGUUUGCGUCAGAGACACUGGAAAAACCACAGCGGACGUCAGCUGCCGCGCCGCUCUGCAUUGCUCGACCCAAACUACAAUCUGAGUGGUGCAUGUAG